AACAAGAAGUAGGUCACCUGUAAGACGUAGGGAGGGACAUUACUCAUUAGGGAGAGAAAGGGAAUUGGAAUUUUCUGGCUGCACUUUUGUGUAUGGAAUUUCUUAAUAUCUGCGAAGCGUCUGAUACUAUGUUAUAAUGUUCAGCUAAUGUUUUGAUUGGGUUUCAUUUAAAUUUGAGUACGUUCCUAGGGAUUUAAGUGUAUAGAUUACUUUAGUCAAUACCGUUAAUUACUGACAAAAAGAUGCCAGUGUGCUGUCCUUUACGCGUAGCCGUUAUAUGUUCGAGUAAUAUGAACAGAAGCAUGGAAGCCCAUGCGUUUUUGAGCAAAAAGGGCUUCUUGGUGAAAUCGUUUGGUACUGGAGACAAAGUAAAGCUUCCUGGAACAGCCCCAGACAAACCUAAUUGUUAUGAAUUCGGAGUGACAUACGAAGAAAUAUAUCAAGAUCUUCUCCUCAAAGAUAAAUCUUUCUACACUCAGAAUGGAUUGCUCCACAUGUUGGACCGUAACAGGAGAAUCAAACCGAGGCCUGAGCGUUUCCAGACGUCUAAGGACAAGUUUGACAUCCUCGUCACUUGCGAGGAACGGGUCUAUGACCAAGUUAUUGAAGCACUGGAGAGCAGAACACCGACUGACAACUCAGCAGUCCACGUCAUCAACAUUGACAUCCAGGACAAUCACGAGGAGGCGACGAUAGGGGCCUUCCUCGUUUGUGAGCUGAUUACGAUGAUGGCGCAGAGUGAAGACCUGGAUAAUGACAUCGAUGAAAUGCUCCACGAAUUUGAGUCAAAGUGCCAGCGUCCCAUCCUCCACUGUGUACUGUUCUACUGAUGGAGACUGCAUGCUGCACGACCAGAGGACAGAUAGAAGUUUCUACUGACACGCGCACGCACUUUGCGACGUCCGGUCCCUCGGCGAGGGGACGUGAGAGGAGCGGUGGUGUGCUCGCACACCGAUGCGUUUGUCUGUACCUCACUUUCUGUGCGAACCGGCGAAGAAAUUUCUCUUCUCUUAGCAGGUUACCUUCUGGUGCUCCAGAAAUGAGUGAUAUUUGUUAAGUUAGUUCGGAUUGAGGAAGUCGGAAUUCCUCUUAUAAGUCUAUAAACAGAAAGCUUUAAUAAAAACUGAUUUCAACAGUGGCACUGGAUGAAUUGGCCACUACAGCAUUUGUACUAUGACAUUUUUAUUUUGUUACAUUUUUAAGAAAGAAGGAAAGAAAUAAUGUUUUUCUUGCAGUUCUGUGUAGUUAUAGCUAGCAGUGUGCAAAUGCCGGCACAUUAAUCGGUUUCUGUAUCCUCCAGCCUGUGUCGUACAGAAUCGUAAUUGGUUAUUGGGGUCCGCGUAUUCUGAGAUGACUGCCACAACCUGUUGUGCGAAAGACUUACUGUAGAGAUUGAGGCAUAAUACAUAGCAUAUUUAACUCUCAUUUAAGCAAGCAGCCAGUAAGAUUUCUCCGGGUUACCUUUAUGUCCAACUUUCAUAUUGAAAAGUAAUUGUAAUCCAAUGACAGCUAAAUGCAGAUGCUCAAAUUAUUGUAGGAAUAAGCUUUCCAAUUGCUAAAAGGCUGGCAGAUAUAUACCGAUUUGUUUUAAAAUGUUCGGGAAAGUUUAUAGGGCACCUGGAACUGAAGUUAUAUCCUACCCCAUCAAUAUCCUGAAAGAAUUUCACGAGAGAUUGAGCUCUCAAUUCAGAAUUGUACUGUUUGACAGUGCACAGUUGUCAUCUCAGAAUUGUGUUAUUACUGUGUUGCUAAGUGUAGUGUCACUUAUUUUUUUUACUUUAAUAGAUUAAAUGUAGCAAAUAUGAGAUUAUCUGGAACUAUACUGAUAACUGAAUACCUUGUAUGAAUGUUCCUGUGUAGACAUUGUGCUACCUAAUGUGUUUGUCUGUCCCACAUACUUGUAGUUGCAGUUAUAUGAACUGAUGCUGGACAUGUGCUAAUAACAAAUGGUCUUGUCGUCCUUUUGUUUGCUCUGUAGUGUACUGUGUGUCCAGCAAAUGCAGCACAAAUUACUGAUAUGUUUUAAUAUCUCCUUAGUUCUAGACAUUUGAAAGUCCUUCAGUACAUGUGUUUAUUGCACUAUAAGGCUUACUGAGGAGAAGUUGAAUGCAUAGAAGAUGGUAAUAGCAGGGGCAAGAAUGCAGUUGGGUGAAAAUGAUGCAGAGAUGACACACCUGUGAUAGAUUCUGGCAACAGUUUCAAAGAAAAAAAGAAAUUAGGUGAGAGUGUUGUGGAAGUUGCAGUAAAGUGUUGUGGAAGUUACAGCAUAGAGUGCUGUGAAAGUUACAGCGCCAUGACUGCUACAGGAACAAACUUUUGUAGCAGAUUGAAGUAUCUAAAUCCCCUGCUCUACUUAUGAUCUGUAUUUAUUCAUAGCAUCUCAGGAAUGUGAAUAUGUAUUAGGUUGCCUUCUGUGACUGAUGCAAUUUUGUGCUUGCUUACCAGGGUGCUCGGAUAUUUAUUUCUGAUUUUAAUGGUACAUGCUGUGCAAAAUACACUUGUCAUCAUUUACUCACUGCUGUCAGUCCUACUCUGGAACAGUAGUGACUCUCGGUGGGUGUUUUUACUGUUGGGUAUGUGCCAUGUAGCUGUUGUACAAGAAUUCCAGUUUCACUCCCGGCCUUUCUGGCAAUCUGCUUAUUAUGCACUCAAUGUCUGAUUUUUCCUUACUCCCUUCUUCCUUAUAAAAAUAAAGUAUGAAAGUGAAAAUAUAACUUUUGUCUCUCUUCUUAAUCAGAAGAUAUAAAUGGAAAAGAACUUCCUGACAUACAUUUCAUUCAAUUCUGCAUGUGAGAUGUAUCUGUAAUUUCUGCUAUGAAGUAUGACAUAGCUGUUGUUUCUGUAUCUGUAAUUAUCAGGAAAUAGUGUAGUAUAAACCUGAGGUAACAGUAUCUGUUUAUCUUACAAUGCUCAAUCGAUUCUACAUAUAACCACAGUGCAGUUUUAGUAUUAAGGAGAAAUGUUGAAACUUUUGCUCAGUGCUUCCAUAAAACAAUCUCUCUUCCAUUCUGAUGUUGCGAUAUGUAUGCAUUGAUAAACAGAUUACAUAUAUUAACAUGUAGUAUUUUACUUUUUGUAAACUAUGUCAGUCUGAAUGAAACUAAAAUUGAAGCAAUUACGGAGCUGUAUUUGCACACUGCUAAAUGUUUUCUGUUUUUUGUUAUUCUAUUUAUAUUGCAAAAGUAUUAUUUAUGUCAUGUGUUUAGAAUUAAUGUCAGAUUUGUUCUGGAGGGAUGAGUAAGAAGUGAACUGAUUAUUGUACUAGCAUGUCUUUUGCUUGUCCCUCAGUUCUUAGAUUUUUGCCAAUUUUUUACCUCAAGCUGUGAGACUACUGGAUUGUGUGCAAUUGCCUGUGUUCCAUAUGGAGAAAUCCAUUAGUACCAUGGGCGAUAUUGUGAGACAUAACAAUUAUAUAUAUAUGUAUACAAAUAACUUUUUUGUGCUUAUAAUUAUAAAUCAUUAUUUCUGUAAA